CCUCUCUUCCGGGUUGUCGGCGUCCAAACAAACCGUUCGGAAGCAUAUGGAUUUCACCUCCCAGCAUUCCACUUCAUCUUGCUCAUUAAAAAGCUCACCCCAGAGCGGAAUCAUGGACUGUAUUAUACCGCCUCCAGGAAUCUUCGAGACAAUCCUCACAUAUCUGGAUCUCGACUCGGUCAAGGCACGUCCAACAACGCAAAAGCUCGCAGAAAAGUGCAUCGGACCCCGGUUUUUAGGCUUCAUUCAACAACCCAUUCUCGAUGUAUCGCCGCAGAGUCUUCGUUCUCUUCAUACCUUGGCUUGUAAUCCUGCUCUCAACAAGACGAUCUAUUCUCUGACUUUACUAGCAACAAGCUUGGACUCGUCCGAAUUAGAGAAGAACGUGAAAUCUGGAAAACACACCAUUUGGGAUUCUAUCCACUUAGAUGGUGCGUUCAUCGUCGGACGUACGCAGAGAGAAUCGGCUCGGCAUGGAGAGUGGCGUCCGCUCUGGAUGCGAGUCUCGCACGUAUUCUCCUUGAUUGUGACGGCCAUGGUGCAGAGCGGGGCCUCGGUGAAGAAACUCGAUGCAUAUCGCAGUACUCCCAGAUGCUGCAUUCCAUCUGGUGAUGCCACCACCUAUGCACCAAGUCUCAACCCAAAGCAGCUAAGGAUUCUAAGCAAGGGCCUGCAAUCCCUCAAGCUGAGCAUGUCUGGGGAGAUACAGAAUGCUCUUGACAUUGCCGAAUCAGAUGAAGACACACUAAGUGAAGACGAAAAAGCAUCUCACAGCACAUUUGGCUCUUCGAAGGGACACUUAUCCCGCGAUGAUCCUCGUACAGUGCUAGCUGAUGGGUCACCAGGGAUUACAUCCCUUCUCAAGUCUGCGCCAACUCUUCGAGAGCUGGAUUUAUCUUUCCGUCACACCCUGGAAGGUGGGAAGCUGGACAGCUACGACCGGAUCAUUGAAAGUUCGCCCACGAAAUCCAUUUCCCGAUACUUGAAAAAUGUUUCUGGAUUUCCGGCAAAAGGGGAGUCGAUUUUGCUAUUUCUCCAGAAGCACACCGACCUCCGCUCCUUCACGUUGCAUGAGUGUAACAUAUCUUUUGCCCCUCUUGGACAAAAGCCAAGUUCAGAGCGACCACUCUUGUCAAUGGGGCCCUAG